AUGAAGGCUGCCUUGUGGUUCACCCUAUUGUGGGCAGGCUCUGCCCUCGCGGCGACCAGCCACAGAGAGGCAUUCAAGGCCCAGGCCGAUGCCGGCAGACCCAGAACAUCAUCGACGUUUCGAAUACUCGCGGAUACCGAAGAGGAUUACACAUGCACUAAAGACAAGAAGUGCGAUUUGGGCUGCUGUGGUCCCUUAGACGAGGAAGGCAACGGUAUCUGUGGGCUAGGCCCCAAGUUCUGCGGUGAUGGUUGCACUUCAACUUGUGACUACAAGAGCGAGUGUGAUCCCGGCUGGGGAAUGCAGUGGUCCAACGCCUCAACAUGCCCUCUCAACGUCUGCUGCAGUGAGUAUGGCUUCUGCGGGACUGCCCCUGACUUCUGCAAUGGCGAGGUCGUGUCAGCUCCUCAGUGUGACCCCGGCCGCAACAGCUCUAAUGGGCGAACCAUUGGCUACUAUGAGGGCUGGAACUGGCAGCGGCCGUGCGGGACCAUGACACCAAGCAAGAUCCCGCUCGGCUACUAUAGCCAUAUCUUCUUUUCGUUCUCGCUCAUCAACCCCAAUACCUUCCGGUUGGAGCCCAUGGACCAGAAAACGGGCACUCUGUACCCCGACGUUUCUGACUUGAAGUCCCGCCAGCCGGGACUGGAAGUAUGGAUCGCGGUCGGCGGCUGGGCAAUGAACGACCCGGGACCGUACAGGACAACGUUCUCGGACCUCGCAAAGUCGGAAUCGGCACAGGACGAGUUCUUCGAGUCCUUGGUGACGUUCAUGAUGAAGUACAACUAUGACGGUGUCGAUAUCGACUGGGAGUACCCAGUGGCUGACGACCGUGGUGGCAUUGAGGAGGACUUUGACAACUUUGUCACAUUUCUCAAACGGUUGCGCCAGCGCCUGAACCAUAUCGGCACACCCAAGGGCGUUUCUAUCACUCUCCCCGCGUCCUAUUGGUACUUGCGUGGGUUCGACAUCGUGGGUCUAGAGCCGUACGUUGACUUUUACAACGUGAUGACGUACGAUAUCCACGGCGUCUGGGACUCCACCGUGCAGUCCCUCGGCCCCUUUGCUCGUGCGCACACCAACUUGACCGAGAUCGAGGAGGCCCUGAAGCUUCUCUGGCGCAACAACAUCAACCCCGAACGCGUCAACCUAGGUCUGGGCUUCUACGGCCGUAGUUUCACCAUGAAGGACCCCGGUUGCAUGGAAGCAGGCUGUGAGUUCAGCGAGGGCGGCAGCGGCGGAGAGUGCACCGGCACCCCCGGCGUGCUGUCAGCGCACGAGAUCACCGAGAUCAUCAACAACGGCGCCACAGUGACGCUCGACACUGCAGCGGCGGCCGAGAUUGUUACCUGGGACAACGACCAGUGGGUAUCGUGGGACAGCACCGAGACGUUAGCUAUGAAGGUCCGGUACGCCAAUGAACGCUGCCUCGGGGGCGUCAUGGCGUGGGCCAUUGACUUGGAUGACGGGACGUUGAUCAAGUCGCUGGCGGACACGGGGCGUAUGACGUUCAACUAUGUGUCAAACCUGCCCUGGAUGACGGGCUGCUUUGGGUCGGAACUACCGGAGUGGUCGUUCCUGAACGAUACCGAGACGGAUUCAUAGGGUGGCUGUGGAUGGAUCCGAGGUCGGCAGGAACAUGAAUGCAGUACGUUUAGACGUUCAGCUCUCGAAUGCAUG